GCUCGCUCGCCUGGCCAUGGUCACCAUGACGACGACCAAGAAGCAGCCCUGCCGUGGCGCCGCCCCGCUCUCCCCUGCCUCCUCCUCCUCGGCGUCCUCCUGGCCCUGGGGCUCCCGCAUUGCGCCGUCCAGCGCGCGGACUCUCGGGAGGAAGAAGAAGAAGAGGGGCCGGAGCGACGCCGUGGUUGUCCCGUCGAGGAGGUCGUCCAUCUACAAGGGCGUCACCAGGCACAGCAUCUCGGGGAGGUACGAGGCGCACCUGUGGGACAGGCAUUGCCGGAGCACGGCCCAGGGCAGGAGAGGCAAACAGGUUUAUUUGGGAUGUUACAAGACAGAGGAGGAAGCAGCUCGCUCUCAUGAUCUCGCGGCGCUCAAGUGCUGGGGCUCAGACUGCGGGCUCCUCAACUUCCCAGUGGACACGUACAGGCAGGAGCGCGAGAGGAUGCAGCGGAUGACACGGGAAGAGUACCUGGCCAGGCUGAGGCGCAACAGCAGUGGCUUCACAAGAGGCGUCUCCAAGUACAGGGGAGUUACAAGGCAUCACGCGAACGGCCGGUGGGAGGCGAGGAUUGGUCACGCUGCCGGCACGCAGUACUCCUACUUGGGAAUAUUCGAUACCCAGGAGGAGGCAGCCAGGGCCUACGACCUCGCCGCGAUACGAAUCCGUGGCCCCGGCGCCGUCACCAACUUCGACGCCGACUGCUACGUGGACAUCCCGCAGCCGCUCCCCUGCAAGGCCGAGCCGGACACGGAGCCGGCCGCGGCUCGUCCAUGCUCGCUGCCGCCGGCGCCACUGCCGCUGUUGCCGCCCAAGGUCGAGCCCAAGGACGAGCCCGAGGACGACUUCGAGUUCGAGCGCGAGCCGCCGCCCGCCCCGGCGCUCCGCGACGACGCCGACCGCGUGGACCGCGCCAUCGCCGAGGUCCUGCAGGCGCUCUGCGUGGACCGCGCCGACUUCGAGGCAAGGUACCCGCCCCGCCGCGCGCGCGUCGCCGCCCCCGGCGCAGGGUGGCCAACGCCGUUGGACUCGGACGAGUUGCCCGACCUGCCGGUGCCGGGCGACGUGGGCUUCUUCGAGGACGACAUCGAGAGCGUGCUCUUCGCCGCGCCCGGCGACGCCGAAGUACCGCGCGCCGCCACGAUCAGCUCGCUGUCGUCUGGCCGCUGGUGGUGA